CUGCCUCAGGAUAUAAAUUGAUUAUUUCCUUCUCUUCCACCAUAUUAGUAUCCCUCUCUCUCUCUCUCCAAUACAAAAAUGGCUGCUCCCCAUAAAUCCAUCUUCCUUGUCUCCAUAACCAUCUCUCUCUACCUCAUGACAUCAGCAAAAGGCCCCAAUAGAAACUCAGACCCAGUCCCAACCCCAUGGCCUGAUCAAUUCCACUCAAUCCUCUUCACGAACUAUUCAGGCUCUCUCUCCCUCAUUGAUCUCUGGUAUGACUGGCCCAAUGGCAGAAAUUUCAACAUAAUCCAAGACCAAUUGGGCAAGCUUUUGUAUGAUUUGGAAUGGAACAAUGGGACCUCUUUCUUCUAUACUCUGGAUUCGAAGAGGGAGUGCAGAAGUGCAGAGGUGGGUGUUGGGAUUUUGAGGAAGGAUUGGUUGGAUGGUGCUCAGUAUUUGGGGAGAGAGAUGGUUGAUGGGUUUUUAUGCAAUGUGUGGAAAAAGGUGGAUUUCAUAUGGUAUUAUGAGGAUGUGGAGACAAACAGGCCUGUCCAUUGGGUUUUCUACACAGGUAGGUCAGCGCAUGUGAUGACAUUUGAGGUAGGGGCAGUUUUGGAGGACGAAAAAUGGCAAGCACCCGUUUAUUGUUUCCAAGGAGCCAAAAACAAAGAAGAGGAGGGGACUAAGCCAAACACUUCCCUACAAAACGAUGCUGCAAUCCCCAAUCUCACACCCCACACAUUGAUGCAACGCAGGCCUGUUCAUGCGGGUCCACUGGCCUUCUUUUGAUUCUGUACCUCACCUCAAUUCAAUAAUCUAGAGAGACAGAUUGCGUGUAUCUGCACACCACGACUCUCCUAUGCAUUUAGCCAUAAGAAUAAAAGGUGAAGUUUGUA